CGGUGGCCGUGGCGGCGGCACAGCGCCGGUAGUGGAGCCGCCGAGGAGGGUCACGCAGCACAAUGCCAGCUCUGCCCUUGGACCAACUCCAGAUCACCCACACGGACCUGAAGACAGGAAAACUGAGGACUUCACCAGCGCUGCACCCCGAGCAGAAGGCAGACCGGUAUUUUGUGUUAUACAAACCGCCCCCUAAAGACAACAUUCCCGCCCUAGUGGAGGAGUACCUGGAACGCGCCACCUUCGUAGCCAAUGACCUCGACUGGCUCCUGGCCUUGCCUCACGAUAAAUUCUGGUGCCAGGUUAUCUUCGAUGAAACCCUGCAGAAGUGCCUGGACUCCUAUCUGCGCUAUGUACCCCGAAAGUUCGAUGAGUGGGUGGCCCCGGCCCCUGAGGUUGUUGACAUGCAGAAGCGCCUCCAUCGAAGUGUUUUCCUCACUUUCCUCCGCAUGUCCACUCACAAGGAAUCCAAAGAUCACUUCAUUUCCCCCUCUGCAUUUGGAGAAAUCCUCUACAAUAACUUCCUGUUUGACAUCCCAAAGAUCCUGGACCUCUGCGUGCUCUUUGGAAAAGGCAACUCGCCUUUGCUCCAGAAGAUGAUAGGAAACAUCUUUACCCAGCAGCCAAGUUACUAUAAUGACCUGGAUGAAACCAUGCCCACCAUCCUUCAGGUUUUCAGCAAUAUCCUCCAGCACUGUGGUUUGCAAGGGGACGGGGCCAGUGCCACACCCCAGAAACUCGAGGAGAGGGGCCGGUUGACCCCCAGCGACAUGCCUCUCUUGGAAUUAAAAGACAUUGUUCUCUACCUUUGUGAUACCUGCACUACGCUCUGGGCCUUUCUGGAUAUCUUCCCCUUGGCUUGCCAAACCUUCCAGAAACAUGACUUCUGUUACAGACUAGCUUCCUUUUAUGAAAUAGCAAUUCCUGAACUGGAGUCUGCAAUGAAGAAGAGGAGACUUGAAGAUAGCAAGCUGCUAGGUGACCUGUGGCAGAGGCUGUCCCAUUCCAGGAAGAAGCUACUGGAGAUUUUUCACAUCCUCAUAAACCAGAUCUGCCUUCUCCCUGUCCUGGAAAGCAGCUGUGACAACAUUCAGGGCUUCAUUGAAGAGUUCCUUCAGAUCUUCAGCUCCCUACUGCAGGAGAAGAGGUUCCUCCGGGACUACGACACACUCUUCCCUGUGGCCGAUGAUGUCAGCUUGCUACAGCAGGCCUCCGCAGUCUUGGACGAGACACGGACUGCCUACAUCCUCCAGGCGGUCGAGAGUGCGUGGGAAGGGGUGGACCGACGGAAAGCCACAGAUGCUAAAGACCCACCGGUGGCCGAGGAUCCUAAUGGGGUCAUUGUGUUGGCGGAGCCAGUCGGUGGACCGUCCUCACAUCCAGAAAACUCAGAGGAAGAGGAGUGCAUGGGGGCGGCGGCCGCCCUGGGCCCCCCCGUGUGUGGCGUGGAGCUGGACUCGCUCAUCUCCCAAGUGAAGGACCUGCUGCCAGACCUCGGUGAGGGCUUCAUCCUGGCCUGCCUGGAGCACUACGCCUAUAACCCGGAGCAGGUGAUCAACAACAUCCUGGAGGAGCGGCUGGCCCCGGCCCUCAGCCAGCUGGACCGCAGCCUAGACAGGCAGAUGAAGCCAGACCCGACACCCUUGCUGACAUCUCGUCACAACAUCUUCCAGAAUGAUGAGUUUGAUGUGUUUAGCAGAGAUUCAGUGGACCUGAGCCGGGUGCACAAGGGCAGGAGGAAGGAGGAGGACACACGGAGCCUGCUGAACGACAAGCGGGAGGUGGGGGCGCAGCGGCUGCGCUACGAGCGGUACAGCAUGGUGGUGGAGGAGGUGCCCCUGCAGCCUGGCGAGGGCCUGUCCUACCGAGGUGAUGACUAUGAGGACGAGUAUGAUGACACAUACGAUGGCAACCAGGUGGGCGCCAACGAUGCCGACUCGGACGACGAGCUCAUCAGCCGCAGGCCCUUCACCACCCCUCAGGUGCUGAGAACCAAAGUGCCCGGGGAAGGGCGGGAAGAGGACGAGGAAGAGGAGGAAGACGAGGCUGAGGAAGAGCCUCCCAAGCCCAACCAUUUUGUGCAAGACCCUGCAGUGCUGCGGGAGAAGGCAGAAGCCAGGCGGAUGGCCUUCCUCACCAGGAAGGGGUACCGGCAUGACAGCUCGACAGCAGUGGCCGGCAGCCCCCGGGGCCACGGGCAGAGCCGUGAGACAGCCCAGGAACGCAGGAAGAAGGAAGCCAACAAGGCGACGCGAGCUAACCACAACCGGAGAACCAUGGCUGACCGCAAAAGAAGCAAAGGCAUGAUUCCAUCCUGAGGCCACCUCGUCAGGGCCAGCCAGGAGGCAGCAGCACCAGAACUGCCAGGCUGAGUUACCAUAGCCUUGGGUCUCCUCCCCACUUGGCCUCCUGCCAGGGCCCCAAGUUCGACUCCACCCCUCAACAGCCUCAGCUUCGCAGCCCCUGAGAAGGCCGCCUCGUCGUCCACCAGCCAGCCGUGAGCGCCUUCUUGUGAACAAACAGUGCCUUAUCCCACAGUGGAGGAACCCCUGGGGCCAGCGAGCAGGCAAAAGGAAUGGGGACGGAGCCCCAAGGCAAGCCCCACAAACUUCAUGCAGCAAGACACCACUUCUCUUGGUGGUUUCCUUCCUGGACGGCAGGAAACCUGUAAAUUCCAAAACAAAAACAGAAAAGGCCUGCAAAUAAAGUUUUUGACCCUUUCAAGCAAUGAUCCAUGAUGUGCCCCUGGCCUGCUCCCCCUGUACCCCAUUCUUCAGUGACAGCCACCAUCGGGAGAGCGAGAGAGCAGGAUGAUCACCUGCUGUGCUCAUCAGCCUUGCGUGCUUGCCUCUCAUUUUAACCCCUCCUGAUGUUGCCCUGCUUUGCUGUGUGGCCCUGAGCACAUUAUUCCCUCCUCUGAACCUCUAGUCCCUGCUUGUAGAAGGGAGAGAUGAGGUUGUGAGGUCCUCCGGUCCUUUCCGUGUUUUCGUUCAGUCCCUACAACCUCCGCCCUAGGAGGUAGGGAGUAUUUCCGGCCCUGU